GCCAAGAUGUCUGACAUGGAGGAUGAUUUCAUGUGCGAUGAUGAGGAGGACUACGACCUGGAAUACUCUGAAGACAGUAACUCUGAACCAAAUGUGGAUUUGGAAAACCAGUACUACAAUUCCAAAGCAUUGAAGGAAGAUGACCCAAAAGCAGCAUUAAGCAGUUUCCAGAAGGUUUUGGAGCUUGAAGGUGAAAAAGGAGAAUGGGGUUUUAAAGCACUGAAACAGAUGAUUAAAAUAAACUUCAAGUUGACGAACUAUCCAGAAAUGAUGAAUAGAUAUAAACAACUAUUGACCUACAUUCGGAGUGCAGUCACAAGAAAUUAUUCUGAAAAGUCUAUUAAUUCUAUUCUUGAUUAUAUCUCUACUUCUAAACAGAAUUCUGAUUUUUUAUGUCAGAUGGAUUUACUGCAGGAAUUCUAUGAAACAACACUGGAAGCUCUGAAAGACGCUAAGAAUGAUAGGCUGUGGUUUAAGACAAACACAAAGCUUGGAAAAUUAUAUCUAGAACGAGAAGAAUAUGGAAAGCUUCAAAAAAUUUUGCGCCAGUUGCAUCAGUCAUGCCAGACGGAUGAUGGAGAAGAUGACUUAAAAAAGGGUACACAAUUAUUGGAAAUUUAUGCAUUAGAAAUUCAAAUGUAUACUGCACAGAAAAAUAACAAAAAACUUAAAGCAUUGUAUGAACAGUCACUGCACAUCAAGUCAGCCAUCCCCCAUCCACUGAUCAUGGGUGUCAUUAGAGAAUGUGGUGGUAAAAUGCACUUAAGAGAAGGUGAAUUUGAAAAGGCUCACACUGAUUUUUUUGAAGCAUUCAAGAAUUAUGAUGAAUCAGGGAGUCCCAGACGAACCACUUGCUUAAAAUAUUUGGUCUUAGCAAAUAUGCUAAUGAAAUCGGGAAUAAAUCCAUUUGACUCUCAGGAGGCAAAGCCGUAUAAAAAUGAUCCAGAGAUUCUAGCGAUGACGAAUUUAGUAAGUGCCUAUCAGAAUAACGACAUCACUGAAUUUGAGAAGAUUCUGAAAACAAAUCACAGCAACAUCAUGGACGAUCCCUUCAUAAGGGAGCACAUUGAAGAGCUUUUGCGAAACAUCAGAACACAAGUGCUUAUAAAAUUAAUUAAGCCUUACACAAGAAUACAUAUUCCUUUUAUUUCAAAGGAAUUAAACAUAGAUGUAGCUGAUGUGGAGAGCUUGCUGGUACAAUGCAUAUUGGAUAACACUAUUCAUGGCCGAAUUGAUCAAGUCAACCAGCUCCUUGAACUGGAUCAUCAGAAGAGGGGUGGUGCCCGAUAUACUGCACUAGAUAAAUGGACCAACCAGCUAAAUUCUCUCAACCAAGCUGUAGUCAGUAAACUGGCUUAACAGAGAACAAGCUUUUACAAGACGUACUUAAGGCAACAGUGCAGUGAUGUAAACCUUAAAAGAACUGGGAAUGGCAAAACUACUGUCGGUUGAUGUGCCCUGAAAAUUAUUGGAGUUAUGGCAGAAGUGCUUUUUUGAUCAGCUGGUUUGUGUUUUGCUGCUGCAUUUAUCCCAAGAAAAACAGCUUUAAUCUCCAGAAGAAAACCAAAAUGCCAUGGGAUUUAUGCUGUAUUGACAUCUUGCCCUAAACAUACAACAUCAUAGUAAUUUGUCAUGGGCAACUAAUGACCAGAGAGAAGAUUUUUGUCAUGAUUUUAAAUACACUGACACGUUACUGUUGGUUAAAUUUAAACAUGUUUUACCUGCAGAAAUUCUCUCACAGAAAUAACCUGCAAUAACUUGAAAUGCAUACCCUUUUGAACACUUCCUUUUCUCAUGUAUAAAUUAAAAUGUUUGCUGCAUUUUGCAAAAUGUCAAUUCUCCAAAAAUGUGUCCGUAUAUUUCUGUACCUGCAGUGUAGUAAAGGUUUAGACGAAACCCCAUAAUGAUAGUGGCAUACUGUCACUUAGGUUUCAAGCAGCAAAAUAAACAGUGCAGCUC